GAUCCUGAUAAGUGGAGAUGAGACAUUGGCAACAGUGCUAGGGCAGUGAUGGCGCAGGGGAGGAAGAGGGUUAUGUUUUUCUCUUUUCCAACAUCUUCAUAAUCUCUUGCAUAUUAACUUUCCUUGUCUUAUGGGAGACAGUAUAUAUAUCUACUCUAGGUACAUGCUUUGUCUGCGUGAAAAUAAGAACGAGAACACUAAGUGCCGGGAACAGUCACGGGACUACCUGGGUUGUCGCAUGGAAAAGGGUCUUAUGACAAAGGAAGACUUUAGCAAACUUGGAUUUUCUGAUCUUACAACUUCUACCAACCAGACAUCCUGAAACGCCUUACUAUGAUGUCUUGGUUACCUCCACCCAGCACUGGUCCCAAGGUGGUCUUGGGCUGUACGGGAAGUGUGGCAACUAUUAAAGUCCCGGAACUGGCACGAAGACUGCAGGAACGUGGAGCAAGUGUUGUUAUUGUACCAACUGAGCGAGCUUGUCAUUUCCUAAGAUGUCAGGCUAAGGUAGAUUCAAUGACCAGAAGUGGAGCAGUUCAUGGAGGUUCGUCAGGAUUUAUCAAGCCAGAGAAGAAAAUUGCUGAUAAUGGAGAGUUGAGAGGCAGUGAUAGUGAGGAACAGAACAGUAGCAGUGAUCAGUGUAGUCAUUGUGGAAGGAGAACUCCCAUUAGAGGAGGAAUGCAGACUGAUAAUAGUGUCAGUGCCUUGAAGUCUCUUUACCCAGAUCUAAAUUUUGUGUUGGAGACUGAUGAGUGGGCUGCCUGGAAUGGACGAGGUGACCCAGUUCUACAUAUCCAGUUGCGAGAUUGGGCACAGGUGAUGUUGAUUUCUCCCCUUGAUGCCAAUACCAUGGCCAAGAUUGCACAGGGCUUGUGUGACAAUCUUCUAACAUGCAUAGUGCGUGCCUGGGAUGCUGCACGCCCUCUUGUCUUCUGCCCGGCAAUGAACACACAUAUGUACAAACAUCCUCUCACUAUGAGGCAUACAUCAAUUCUUAAGGAACUGGGUUACAUAGAGGUGUGUGUGGUGAGCAAGCGUCUGGCCUGUGGGGAUGUAGGUCCUGGAGCCAUGGCUGAACUGGACAACAUUGUGAAUGCAGUAAUGCAGGAGCUUCCUGGUGCCCACAGGGUGUCUCAUGGACCUUUCUAAGUCUAUAGAAUGCCUUAACCUUGGUAGUCAAAAAGUUGUAGUUCAGUUUGAAAUAAAAUAGAUAUUGAGGGUCA